AGAUCUCACUCCCUUGCAUAGUCCUCUUCACUCUCCUUCACUUUGCUUGUUCAGACACGAAAUCGAACAUACUCCAACUCCACUGUACUAUUCCAGUACUGCACAGUGAAUGACGGUGUGCAACAAUCACUUCACCAUCAAAACCACAAAAUUGAUUGUGUAAUUCUCUCUAAUGGAGUACCGCAAGAUCAAGGAUCAGGAUAAAGAUGAAGAAUCCGCGGGUAACCUAGAAAUUUCACGAGGGAAACCUAAUUCAGCUGUUUUGGGAGGUUUAUCUGGCGGAUCACCUCAAUGGAAGCGCAAGUCAAUGGUUACGCUUGCUCUAACUAUACUUACUAGUUCACAAGCUAUACUCAUCGUCUGGUCAAAGAGAGCUGGGAAAUAUGAAUACAGUGUCACUACCGCAAAUUUUUUGGUCGAAACUUUAAAAUGUGCAUUAUCACUCCUAGCCUUGGCAAAAAUCUGGAGAACUGAAGGUGUUACUGAAGACAAUAGGUUAAACACUACAGUGGAUGAAGUAAUUGUAUAUCCUAUACCAGCAGCGCUUUAUCUUGUUAAGAAUUUGCUCCAGUAUUAUAUCUUUGCAUACGUGGAUGCUCCAGGAUAUCAGAUAUUAAAAAAUCUGAAUAUAAUCAGCACUGGUGUUCUAUAUCGUAUCAUUCUUAAGAAACGGUUAAGUGAUAUCGAGUGGGCUGCUUUCAUUCUACUGUGUGCUGGGUGCACCACAGCACAGCUCACCUCCAACUCUGAUCAUGUUCUUCAGACUCCACUUUAUGGUUGGGUGAUGGCCAUUGUUAUGGCUCUUCUGAGUGGAUUUGCUGGGGUCUACACGGAGGCAAUUAUCAAGAAACGUCCCCAAAGAAACAUAAACGUGCAAAACUUCUACUUAUAUGUCUUUGGAAUGAUUUUCAAUGCAAUUGCAAUAGUGAUUCAAGAUUUUGAUGAAGUCGCGAAUAAGGGCUUCUUCCAUGGCUACUCGUCCGUUACUGUAGUCAUGAUUGUAAAUCAUGCACUCAGUGGCAUUGCUGUGUCGAUGGUGAUGAAGUAUGCCGACAAUAUCGUGAAGGUAUAUUCGACUUCGGUGGCAAUGUUGCUGACAGCAAUUGUCUCAGUUUUUCUGUUCGGAUUUCAUCUUUCCCUUGCCUUUUUUCUUGGCGCUACUGUUGUUUCCGUCUCUGUAUAUCUGCAGAAGGUUGGAAAACCUCAAAGAUAGCAGCAAUCCCUUUCUAUAUUGUUGGGCCCCAUCGAGCUUUUGGAAUCUAUGCUAAUAGAAUGAGACAGUUGAUAUCGUGAAUCACAUAUCGACCAUGUCCUGAAGCAGUGCUGUCACAAUUGGUGCUUCUGGUUCUAAUAAUUUUCUAAAUCAGACUAAAGGCGAUAAUUUUUCUGAAGCUGCCGUGAUGCUUCCUGCUACUAGUCCUUGUGAAAGAUCAGGUUACAUAUAGAACUUGGCCUUGUGGUCAUAUCUCUUUUUUUUUUUGUAUGGGUCACUGUAAAUGUCAAUAUGCAUUACACUUGAGCCACCGGUGGUAAUAUGUUGGUUCAUUUUAGCCAAUCUCGUUAGGUUCAGACUUGGAAAAGCUGCUAGUACAGGGGGAUUCUGCUCUUCUUUGUACAGUAUAUGUGUCACCUCAUGUGCUACAUGCCAAGGUUGCCAUAGGAGUACCUUAAUUAAUAUGUUAGUUUCGAAAAGUUGUUUGAUCUAGGAUUAAUGGAUUAUUUUCCAAUUUGGAUAACAAGAAAUGAUUUUUUCAAUGAAAAAUUGAUGUUUCAACUCCCA